AUGAAAUCUAACACCUUUAAGCACUAUGGAGCUCCACCAGUAAAAAAGGAAAAGUAUACAGAUCCAGAGACAGACAGCGUAGAUUUGGAGGACGAAUCGGGUCGAUUGCAUUUGAAGGGUGAUUUGGUCAAAAGUGAGCUGUUAGUUACAGGUACAGUAGUGGCAGUUUUAGGGACAGAAGGUUCAGAGGGCGAUUUCCAUGUCAUGGAUAUCAAGCUUCCUGGAUAUGCCCCACAGAAACCGAAAGGUAAUGGCUCGGGAUAUGUGGCUCUGGUUUCGGGAAUAGCCAUUAAUGGAGAGCGAGACAGAUAUGAAAUAGAGCUAUUAGAGGAGUACUUGAGUGGGGAACUUGGAGGGCAAAACGACAGAAAACUUGUCUCGCAGGUAUCACAUUUGAUACUUGCAGGCGAUUCAGUGACGGAUUUCAUCUCAAAAGAAGAUGAUGCCAACACGGCCAGUGCUACGAGCAAGAACACUAAAUACCGCUAUGGAGCUGAUAACUCGACGUUCCACCCAGAACCCAUGGUGCGGUUAGAUGAGGUUGUUGCCAACCUUGCGAAGACAGUGCCUGUGUCUAUUAUGCCAGGAAAACUUGAUCCUGUGACUAGCAGUCUGCCCCAGCAGCCUUUUCACCAGGCAUUGUUUACUUCCGCCAGGCCAUUAAUCCAGUCUAAAAUUGUAACCACAACAACAGAUCCUUAUUGGUGGGAUCUAGACGGUGUCCGAAUCUUUGGUAGUAGUGGACAGACUAUCGAUGAUAUCUACAAAUAUGUAGCAGGUGACGAUAGAGUCAACAUGAUCAACCACACCCUUCUGUGGAGACACUGUGCUCCUACCGCGCCAGAUACCCUGUGGAGCUACCCAUUCCAAGAUAACGACCCAUUCAUUCUUAACGAGACUCCUCAUAUUUAUUUUGUGGGCAACCAGCCAAAGUUCGAGACGGUCCACAUCAGAGAGGGCGAUACAGAAGUGAGAAUAAUCGCACUUCCCAAGUUCUCAGAGACUGGACAGUUUGUUCUAGUCGACUUAGAAACGCUAGACACUAAACUCAUCUCUAUCGGCACCGCAAGCUAA